AUGUACUUCUUCUCUGCCGCCUGCGAGAACUUCGGUCUGGUCAUUAACACGCAGAAGACAGUGGUGAUGCAUCAACCGCCACCCAACUCAGCCACAGCCCUUAGCGCGCCACAAAUCAGCGUGAACGGAACCCAAAUGCAAGUGGUGGAGAACUUCCCGUACCUGGAUAGUACCCUCUCCCGCAACACCAAGAUCGAUGACGAAGUGGCCAACAGAAUCUCGAAAGCCAGUCUAGCCUUCGGUCGCCUCCAAAGCACAGUUUGGAAUCGUCACGGUCUCCAACUGAGCACGAAGCUGAAGAUGUACAGGGCCGUCAUCUUGCCGACGCUACUGUAUGGAGCGCAGACCUGGACGGUGUACACGAGACAGGCACGUCGACUGAACCACUUCCAACUCAGUUGUCUUCGUCGCAUCCUGAGACUGAACUGACAGGAUCGAAUCCCCGACACUGAUGUGCUGGAACGAACGGGAAUGCUGUGCAUCUACUCCAUGUUGAGACAAAUGCAGCUGCGCUGGAGCGGCCACUUGGUGCGCAUGGACGACGAGCGACUACCCAAACGACUCUUCUACGGAGACAUCGCGACGGCCUCUCGCCGCCAAUGAGCCUAAAUUCGGAGAUACAAGGAUACACUGAAGUCCCCCCUGAAGCGUCUGUAAAUCAACCCGACCAACUCGAAAGAGCUCGCACUCGACCGACCGAUCUGGAUGAGGACAGUGAAAACAGGCGCUGCUAUCUACGAAGCCAACCGCAUCGCCACUGCCAAAGUGAAACGCGGAGCCUUUUAAUCACAAAUUCGCCCAGCACGUAACGCCAUUGCACAACAGCUGCCAACGUGUCCUCUAUGUCAACGUACUUUCCGGGAUCGAGUCAGACUUUUUGGACAUCUUCGGACCAACUGUGCCUCUCGAACUGCACCAACCAUCAUCCCGUCAUCCGCCUCUUUCUCUUCCUCUCUGCCGCCAACUAAAUCUGACAAUUCUUCUGAACCACCACUUCCAUCAUCCUCCUCCUCCUCCUCCUUCUCCUCCCCCGCUGCCCAAAUAAACGGCCGCUCAGGCGUCUGUCGCGCAAGACAAUAACGCAUCACCCCUUCAACCUCCAACUUCAGAGGUGAGGACCAGUGCUACAACUGCCCUUACUGCGACCGCACCUUCACCUCACGCAUCGGCCUGGUCGGUCACUUGCGAAUACAUCUCACAGAGACUGGCGAACCAGUGCCUGGAACACCAAACUACACCCAUAGCACUCGCCUCCACUUCCCACACUACCCUCGCACCUUCACGCAUCACAUGGGCCUAUUCGGCCACAUGCGCAUCCACGACGACCUGCGGUAUUCAACCGCCUGUUGCACCACACCAUCAGACCCUCCCUCCUUCACCACCAACAAAACCACCCCACCACACAUCAACACUCACCCACCGCAUGCACCCAUCUACCACCUCCCAUGCAAGUGGGAAGUGCGCAUCUCGACUAGGUCACCAUGCGACUUCGGCUGCACAGAUGGAUUGAGUCCGAGACUAUCCCGACACGUCAAGCGUCGUGGAUAGGUAGGCUGCUGAUUGACGCCCCCUCACUCGAUCCACGCAGUCCAUUCCGUUGUGUGCGUGUUGUGAGGAGUGGCGGACUGGUGGGCUGGGGACGGGCUGAAACAGCACCUUCCACGGCCAUCUCACGCAAAUGAGAGACAGGCCGUUCGACCCCCGUUUUGUGAAAUCCUGGUGUGUGUGUGUGUAUGGGGGGCCAGGUGGUGCAUGUAGCACGCGCAGGCAUGGUCAGUCGACCGUGUCAGCCACUGCGCCCAUUCCCCACUCCAGUCUACUAACCGACUCGGACGGUGGCUGGGGUGUGGGAAUGGGAAGUGUGAGUGAGGUCGACGACUCAGCACACAUAUCCUCACAAUUAACAAUCUGACGUGCUUAAAGCUACAACGGUGCGCUAAAAGCCGUGGCUUGGAAGGUUGUCAACUGACGGGGUAACUCGGACCUCCUCCUCCUUCACGGGAGGCGGUCUGAGAGUAAGGCUGCAAUGGCUCCUUUUUAAUGUGGCCUUUAUGGCACUCUCACGAUAGUGCGGGUAUUCGUGCCAGUCGUUGGCGGCACGCCCAGGUGCGGCCUCGGCCGUGCCAGCCUACAUUCUGUGUUUUGUGGUAAAAAUCCUGGUCAUUUGUUGUGUGGAUCAGGGGGUGUGGUGGAACGCCAAGGGGAGGAUCGUCCGGGCCAUUCACCUGCGGCCUCUCCCGUCUCCGGUCUUCUUGACCCUGUCUUGACACCGGACUCAGGCGGGGGAGGAGAAGAGAGUGUAGGUAGAUGCAGCGCAAGUCUACUGGCACUAUAAACCCCUGCGCAAGUCACCGUUCCUGCUCCCACAAUGCAGUCUGUGGGGCACACGGUGGUCAUCGUCGAAAUCGACGGUCGAAAUAUCGGGCCACGUGUUAGAUGCGCUGGACCAACACGGGGCCACAUCGGACUUUGGCAGGCGUUAUAUGUGCGCAAUAAAUAAUGCCAACAUUCCUGGUGUGCGCUGGCGGACCCUGUUGUCGGCAUUCGUCGCUCAACUGGACCACUGCCUCCACCCCAUUGUUUUGUGGUCAAAAUCGUGGUCUUUGUGUGUGGACCAGGAAUGCGGAGUGGAGCGCCAAGGCGAAGAUCCGUCCGAGCCAUCCACCUGCGCCCUCCCUCGUCUCCGGUCUUCUUGACUCUGUCUUGACAGCGGGCCCAGGCGGGGUAGGAGGAGAGAGUGUAGGUAGAUGCUACGCAAGUCUACUGGCACUAUAAACCCCUGCGUAAGUCACCGUCCCUGCUCCCACAAUGCAGUCUGUGGGGCACACGGUGGUCAUCGUCGAAAUCGACGGACGAACUGUCGUGUGUGUGUGUGUGUGUGUGUGUGUGUGUGUGUGUGUGUGUGUGUGUGGGGUGUAGGGGUGUCCAGCGGUGGAUUAACGUGAAGGUCGUAGUGGUCGCUCACUUGCUUGCAGGUGAGACUACGCCUAGCGUCCAUUUGCUGGCAACCAACUCUCACCUGUGGCUCCACGUAGCUGGGCUCUGCUCAGCGGCCACACUCCGGGCAACCGCCUGGAAAGGCGGGCUAAACCAGGUGAGGGCGCUGUGCGUUUGUGCCGCGUGCACAGUGUACUGCGGACUCCGCUGGAUGUUUGGUCGGAUGAAACACUGCGCCGGCAUCGUCGAGACGAGGCUCUGCUUGGUACGCCGUUGGACAACUGUGCCGGGACGGGCCUCCUCAUCGCCUUCGCUGAGACGCGUCCAAAUUCGCCGACGGAGACCGCGGACCUUCGGCAUAUGCGGUCGUUCUCCACUACAAACAUAAAAGUCGUGGCCCCAUAGUGGGAUUCGGUCGCGCCAACCAGGCACAUGGGCAGCCCGAUUCAGGGGUGGCACUGCCUGCUCCCGCAAGGAGAAGGGCCUAGAAAAGGUGGCCUAAAAAUUGCUGGGCACCUCGCCGUCUGCAGGCCAGCCAAGGCCGCAGAUGCCAUCAACACGGUCGAAAAUAUCAAAAUCGAAACAAUAACAAUACCAAUUACAACAACAACAAUCUUACUCACUCUCCUCAUCCUAACACUUCUUCCACUACCUCUGUCUAUUCUUCUGCCUAUUCUCCUCCUUCGUCAUCUUCUUCUCCACCUCCUUUCCGUCGCCCCACUCGUUUUCCCCAGACUGACAGGGUGAGCCUGCUCACUCUGGCAGCCUGGAAUGUUCGUUCCCUUUUAGACAAUCCGAGGAGCAACGGACCGGAACGGAGGACGGCGCUAGUGGACCGGGAACUGGCGCGCUACAAGGUGGACAUCGCCGCACUCAGCGAGACCCGAUUCUCCGAACAAGGCCAACUGGAGGAGGUGGGUGCCGGCUACACCUUCUUCUGGAGUGGUCGACCCAAGGCAGAGCGACGGGACGCGGGUGUCGCCUUCGCCAUCCGGAACGACAUCGUGGGACGACUACCCUGUUUGCCGCAGGGCAUAAACGAUCGCCUGAUGAGCCUCCGUCUGCCUCUCCUGAGUGGGGGCAAAGUCGCCGCCAUCAUCAGCGCCUACGCUCCGCCUAUGAGCAGCCCCGACGCCACCGCGAGAGACAAGUUCUACGAGGACCUGCACGCCCUCCUGGGGACUGUGUCGAAGGCGGACAAGUUGAUUGUCCUUGGCGACUUCAACGCCCGCGUCGGCACAGACCAUACUGCCUGGAGGGGAGCGCUGGGUCACCACGGUCUCCGCGGCUCCUACGACAACGGCCUGCUUCUCCUCCGCACCUGCGCAGAACACCGCCUCACCCUGACGAAUACCUUCUUCUGUCUGCCGGAGCGAGAGAAGGCCACCUGGAGGCAUCCUCGGUCGCGUCAGUGGCACCUGCUGGACUAUGUCCUCGUCCGGAGGCGAGAUCAGCGGGAUGUGCUGGUGACGAAGGCGAUCGCGGGUGCUGACGGGUGGACCGACCAUCGCCUCGUCAUCUCGAAGCUGCGUAUUCGCCUACAGCCUCGCAGGAGACCAGAAGGUAAGCGACCCCCAGGUAAGCUGAAUGUUGCUUUGUUGUCUUUGCCUGCUCACAGUCUCCAUUUCAGCAAUGAGCUAGCUCAACGGUUAGACAACGUUCCUAUCGCUGCCGCCGCCGCCGCCGCUGCCGAGAACGCCUCCGUGGAGAACCGAUGGUGUCAACUGCGAGACACGGUCCAGUCGACGGCGCUCGCCGUCCUCGGUCGCACUCCCCGCCAACACCAGGACUGGUUCGACGACAACGACGCUGCCAUCAGAAAUCUGCUUGCCGAGAAGAACCGCCUACACAAAGCCUACGUAGAUCACCUUACUGAGGACAACAAAGCUGCCUUCUACCGCAGUCGCCGACAGCUUCAGCAACGGCUGCGCGAGAUGCAGGACGCCUGGACUGCUCGCAAAGAUGAGGAGAUCCAAGGGUACGCGGACCGGAACGAAUGGAAGAACUUCUUCUCCGCAAUCAAAGCCGUCUACGGUCCGCCGACGAAGGGCACUGCUCCUAUCCUCAUCGCCGACGGCUGCACUCUCCUGACUGAGAAGACGCAAAUCCUACAGCGAUGGGCCGAGCACUUCCGAGGCGUCCUCAACCGCCCUUCCGUCAUCUCCAACGCCGCCAUCGCCCGCUUGCCGCAAGUGGAGAACAACGCGGACAUCGGCCUCCCGCCAUCUCUCCAGGAAAACAUCAGGGCAGUGCAGAAGCUCUCGAGCGGGAAAGCACCCGGAUCGGACGCAAUCCCUGCCGAGAUCUACAAGCACGGAGGUCCCCUACUGAUGGAUCACCUGACUGCGCUCUUCCAGGAGAUGUGGCGUCAAGGUGAAGUCCCGCAAGAUUUCAAGGACGCAACUAUCGUGCACCUAUACAAGCGAAAAGGGAAUCGCCAAGUCAGCGACAACCACCGCGGCAUCUCCCUGCUGAACAUCGCCGGGAAGAUCUUCGCCCGCAUCCUGCUCAACCGCCUCAACAGUCAUCUGGAACAGGGCCUUCUGCCGGAAAGCCAAUGCGGCUUCCGUCGUCAUCGUGGGACCACGGAUAUGAUCUUCGCAGCCCGCCAAAUUCAGGAGAAGUGCCAGGAGAUGCGGACCCACCUGUACUCUACCUUCGUGGACCUGACGAAAGCCUUCGACAUGGUGAAUCGUGAAGGACUGUGGAAGAUCAUGCAGAAAUUCGGCUGUCCGGAGCGAUUCACUCAGAUGGUGCGUCAGCUGCACGACGGUAUGAUGGCGCGAGUCACGGACAACGGAGCUGUCUCAGAGGCAUUCGCAGUGACCAACGGAGUGAAGCAGGGCUGUGUGCUGGCGCCUACGCUCUUCAGUCUUAUGUUCUCUGCCAUGCUGAUGGACGCCUACCGCGACGAACGCCCUGGAAUCUCCAUCGCCUAUAGUACGGACGGUCACUUCCUGAAUCGACGGCGCAUGAACUUCCAAUCGCGCGUAUCCACAACCACCGUGCACGAACUACUCUUCGCCGAAGACUGCGCCCUGAACACCACCUCCAAAGCGGAGAUGCAACGGAGCAUGGACCUAUUCUCCGCCGCCUGCGAGAACUUUGUGCUGGUUAUCAACACGCAGAAGACGGUGGUGAUGCAUCAGCCGCCUCCAAACUCAGCCACAGCCCCCAACGCGCCGCCGCAAAUCAAAGUGAAUGGGACUCAACUGCAAGUGGUAGAGAACUUCCCGUACCUGGGCAGCACGCUCUCCCGCAACACCAAGAUCGACGACGAAGUAGCCAACAGGAUCUCGAAACCAGUCAAGCCUUCGGUCGCCUCCACAGCACAGUUUGGAAUCGUCAUGGUCUCCAACUGA